AUGGUAGGAAAAGGCAAUCAUGCGCUUAGCAUUGUAGAAGAUUCCGAGUUUAAAAAUCUAAUUGAAAUGAUCACUCAUUGCCCAGGAUACAAGCUUCCUACGCGCAAAAGUUUGUCAAACUCGCUUUUGCCAAACGUUUAUAAUGAACUAAAGGCGAAACUACACGAAGAGAUACGUUUGGCAAGUGCUGUGUGCUUGAGCACAGAUGCAUGGACAUCGAGGGCCAAUCAAAGUUAUAUUGCAGUAACCGCACAUUUCGUAGAACCUGAAAAAGGUAUAUUAAAAUCUCACCUUAUAGCUUGUAUCGAAAAUGCGGAGCGUCAUACCAGUGACAACCUGUGUGCAACACUGAGAAAAAUAAUGGAUGAGUGGGAAAUUUCUAAUAAAAUUACAGCAGUUGUGUCAGAUAAUGCAGCAAAUAUUAUUGGAGCAAUAAAGAUAGGACAAUGGCGUUCAGUCCCAUGUUUCGCACACACACUUAAUUUAAUAGUUCAAAAAGGAUUGCAACAACUAGACAGUAUUAAAAUAAAAUCAAAAGCGAUUGCUGAGUUUUUUCAUCGAAGCGCUAAUGGGUUACAAAAACUAAUGGAAACACAAAAACAAUUAAAUAUGCCUGAAUUAAAAUUAAAAAUUGAUGUGCAAACGCGAUGGAACUCAACAUAUGAGAUGUUUGAUCGUCUAUUAAAGGUUAAAGAUGCCUUAAAUGUAGUUCUGUCACGUCUUAAGCCUGACCUUUGUAUGACUCACCAGGAGUGGGCUAUAAUAGAAGAAAUAGUACCCGUAUUGAAGCCAUUUUAUGAAGUGAGUACCGAGUUGUCCGCUGAGCAGAACGUUACUCUUUCCAAGGUUAAAGUACAAUACUCGACCCUCGAUUUAAAGGGCGUGGUUUCAAAAAUGAGUAUGCAUACAAAAGCGCAAUAG